GGCCUGCACAAUAAAUCGAAAAUUUAUUGUCAUCGCGAUAUCAGCCUGUGCGAUGGGCCCAUCGCAAAAGACGGCGUAAACUGCGAUAAUUGGGUACCUUAAAAUGUUUACACACGUGCUGUAAAGAAUUUACCAAUCAAAGAAAUCCAUUUACACAUUUGACCAGUCGAAUAGAGCCCUUCACGGCAUUAACCAAUCAAAUGGAUUAGAGGCCCGCCUCCUACGCAGGUCGGGCGCGAACAACGCUGCAGCAAAGAGUCAGAGUUGUAAUGGCUGAGAGCGAGACGCGUGACGAGAAUGCUACUGAACUCGUGGCUAAAAAAAAAAAAUAGUACCUCACUUAUUUGGAGGUACUUUGGAUUUGAUAAAGACGACGUUCUCCAAACACAGGUACUCUGCAAAACUUGCCGAACACUCGUGGCAACCACCAGAGGAAACACGACUAAUCUCCACCAUCAUCUUCAAUACAACCACAGAGAACUGUUUGAAGACUUCCAGAAAGAUAGGGCUAGCCAAACAAAGGUUGCUAAUGUUAAGACAAAGAGCGCAGCAGUCCAACAGCCGUCUCUGUAUCAGAGUUUUUCAAGUGGAACUCCUUAUGAGAAAACGUCGAAGCGGUACAAAGAAAUAACAGAGGCCAUUACACAUUUUUUGGCUAAAGACAUGAUGCCUAUAAAUACAGUUAGCAGAGAGGGCUUCACCAGUCUGAUACAUAAAGUGGACCAGAGAUACCGCAUCCCCUCACGAAACUACUUUUCCCAUGUCGCCAUUCCACAAAUGUAUGAAACAUGCCGCAAGACCGUCAUGUUUGAACUGAGCCAAGCUGAAAACUACGCAAGCACUACAGACCUAUGGUCAAGUCGUACAACGGAACCAUAUAUGAGUUUCACAGUGCACUUCCUCACCGAAGACUUUGAACUGAAAACACGGUGUCUAGAGACUGUGUAUUUUCCAGACUCUCACACUAGUGAAAAUAUAGCCCAUGUAUUACGUGAGGUGUUAGCCAGCUGGGAUCUUAAAGAAGAUCGACAAGUGUGCAUCACCACAGACAACGGUGCCAAUGUUGUGAGAGCCACAGAGCUAAACAACUGGGUCAGACUUCAGUGUUUUGGACACAGGCUGCACCUUGCAAUCGAAAAUUCUAUCAAAGAUGAUGCCCGCAUUGCCCGAGCCAUUGGACUUUGCAAAAAGUUAGUUGGACAUUUUUGCCACAGCUGGAAAGCAAAGAUGGCUCUGAAAAAAGCACAGCAGAAGCUCAACCUCCCAGAGCACACACUGAUCACAGAAUGCCCAACCAGGUGGGGUUCCAGAAGAUGAUUGAGAGAGUCCUGGAGCAGCAGCGGGCCAUUUCUGAUGUCAUCUCAGCAGACAAGAAAUCAAGACACUUGAUUCCUACUUGGCAGGAUCUUGAGGUACUGGAGUCUGUCAACCAGGCAUUACACCCCCUGCAAGACUUUACAGAUGCCCUGUCUGGUGAGAGCUACGUUAGUGUUUCAUAUGUAAAACCAGUCCUUCAUCUGAUGAAGACGUCGGUGCUUGCAGAGAAGGAAGAAGACAGUGAUUUGACAAAAUCAAUUAAGAAGAAAAUCCUCGAGUACCUGAUUACUAAAUAUGAAAAUCCAGCUACCCAGGAACUUCUGGACAUGGCGUGCUUCAUGGAUCCCAGAUUUAAAGUCAGCUACACCAGCACUGAUCGAGUCUCAGACAUCAAGACCAGAGUGAUGUCAGAAAUGGAAGCAGUGGCACAGAAGGUAUUCAUGCAUGCUUAUAUAUAAAACCUUUCAAUUCAUAUUUAGUCCAAAAUGUUUACUUUUCUUAUAAUCUGCUUUCUGUUCCAGGAGAGAAACUCCGCUGAACCAGAGGCCCAGACAGAUGAUCCACCCAGUCGUCCCCUGAAGAAGGCAAAAAAGUCACUGGGCAGUUUCUUCAAGGCAGCUCCAAUCCCUACCUCCUCUUUUAUGCAUCUCUCACAAGCUGUUGAAGCUGAGCUUAACAGCUACUUGCUAUCCACGGCCAUAGACAGUGAGGAAGACCCCUUGGCAUGGUGGAAACUCCACAAAAUGACAUUCCCACAGCUAAGCAAGCUUGCAAGGAAGUAUCUCUGCAUACCUGCAAGUAGCUCACCUUCAGAGAGACUUUUUAGUACAUCAGGAAACAUAGUAACAUGUCAGUGCACAUGUUUAAAACCUUGGAGAGUAAACAUGUUGGUUUUCCUUACCAAGAACUUGCCAUAAAAAACAUUCACUCAGGAAGGAUGAAUGCAAGAUAGAGAAACCUUUUUUUUUUUCAAAAAAUUACAAAAAUACACUACCUACAUUGUUCUUAAUUGUUGAUAAUAUUAGUCUUGGCCAGUACGACCACAAAGGUAGACAAUUGUUCUUUGGUGUGUUCCCACAGCAGACAAGUUCUUACCUAUAGUUUAAUCUAGUAAAGUUUCCACUCCAGUUUUGACUUGCAUCAUAACUACUUGGUGAGUGGUAAAAUGAUGAACAACUGCAUAGAGAUAAUUUGCAGUAUAAUUUAAGUUAUGUUUAUUUAAAACUAAUUAUAGAGACCGGGAAGGAUGUCUUUCAGAAUUCAAGCCUCAGAAAUUUUUUUAUGGGGGCAAUGUUUCAAUGUUUGACUGCACUUUGUUGUUACACUGCUAAUACAGCAGCUUUCUUUAAAUAAAACUGUUGCAGUAAAAUGGAAAUUAUGUAUUCGUUUUUUGUUUGUUUGUUUUGCUAUUUAUUUUAUCGCAAGUCAUAUCGUUAUCGCAAUAUUGAUCACAGUUAUCGCACAUCGCAGGUUUUCCUAAUAUCGUGC